UCGCACAUACUUUACAUACUGCUGCAUCUGAGUAUCUUUUUUUUAGAUAUAAUUGUUUUGUUUUUUUAACGCAUAUAUUCAUCGUAUGUUAGUUAAUUUUAGCUAACAUAUCAAAGCGGUCGCAUAUUUUACAAUAUAUUUCAGAAAUAUCAACUGAGAGCGAAUUAAUCUAAGACACAAAAUAUAACAUAAUAUUGUAUACGUGAACUGAAACUAAACGGAAACAAAAACCGCGUCAGUGUGUGAGUAGGGACAUGUUUACCGGUCGCACGCCGGGAAGGAAUGAAGCCACGGUGCACCAAGGCUGGUGCAGUUCCGUCUCUUGGGGAUGGAUGGAAUGGUUAUCCUAUAUUAUUGUGUUUAUAACCCAUUUGAAUGUGUUGCUUGCCUCGGAUAUUGCAUGUUCCUGUCGUAUAUGCGUGCAAGGAUUACCAGCAGCGAGGAAAGAACACAAUGGCAUUUUAAGAAGCUGUGUCCCCCAGCGAUGGGACAAGAGGGACGGGCGACUGCCCAAUCCGGGCAGCUUUGACAUGCUGCACAGGAGGUGUAAAGAUGUCUUUCCACACCAGACAGAAGGAGUGAAGCUGACCAUCAACAGGACAAUAAGCACUUUCUUUAAGGCGAGUCACAUUCUCCACCUCAGUGCAGUCGGACCGUCCAACUAUCGCUUUAAUGCCUCGUAUCAGCAGAGCGAUUCAGACAGGAGGGAGGAGGCCUGCCCCGUGCUGGUUGGAGAGAUGGAUUCCUUCGGAAGUCUCAAUGCCCAGUGUCUUCACUUCCUGAGUGAGCGAAUCAGAGCCAAGGCUGUCUUUCAGACUCAGUGGUCUCAGUUUCUAGUCUGGCAGUUUGAGACAGAAUAUCGAGGAGAUGAUUUCACUGCUGCUGUCACUCUGGCAAACCCAGAUCUCCUCAGAGAGUCGGUAAUCAUGGUGGCACACUUCCUGCAGAGUGUGUCUCCGCAGCUGGUUCUGGGAGGGGAGCUGGUGUACCACCGCGGCCGAGCAGAGGAGGGGGGCAUCGUGACACUGGCAGGGCAAUACUCAGGUCCAAACUGGGUGGCUACUCUGAACGCUGGGAAUGGAGGAGCGCAUGCCAGCUAUUAUCACAGAGCAAACAAGCAGAUCCAGGUGGGAGUGGAGUUUGAGGCAAGCACUAGGACCCAGGAGACAACAUGCUCAUUCGGGUACCAGCUGGACAUCCCAGAAGCCAACAUGGUCUUCAGAGGCACGCUGGACAGCCGGUGGAUCGUUGGCGGGGUCCUCGAGAAGCGCCUGACCCCCCUACCUGCAGCCCUGACGCUCGGGGCCUUUAUGAACCACCGUGGGGACAAGGUGCAGUGCGGGCUGGGGGUCACUGUGGGCUAGGCUGGGUCAGUGC